UAUAGAAAUCCAAGGGAGGAAAUACUGAUUGAAUUGUAGUUUGGGCUGUUCUUAAGGACCUUGAUUGUUUCCUGGUAGCUGGUUUCAUGCUUCACGUGCCACUGCUACAAAAAGAGUGUUAAUCAUGGCUUCCAGUCCAACUCUCCUGAUUCGUUUGGUUGCUUCAGCAUAUUCUAUUGCUCAGAAAGCUGGAGUGAUAGUCAGAAAUGUGAUGGCCGGGGGUGAUCUUGGAAUCGUGGAGAAGACAUCCUCGAUAGAUCUACAAACCAAAGCUGAUCGAUUGGUGCAGAUGAGUAUAUGUUCUUCACUGGCACAGAAAUUCCCCAAACUAACAAUAAUAGGAGAAGAGGAUCUGCCUGCUCAAGAGGUAGAUCAAGAGCUGAUUGAAGAUGGUCAAUGGGAGGAAAUUCUGAAGAAACCAUGUCCCACACAAUACAGUGCUAUCAAAGAGGAAGAUCUUGUUGUAUGGGUUGAUCCUCUGGAUGGCACCAAGGAAUACACUGAAGGUCUCCUGGAUAAUGUAACAGUCCUUAUUGGAAUUGCUUAUGAAGGAAAAGCAAUAGCAGGAGUUAUUAACCAGCCUUAUUACAACUAUCAGGCAGGUGCAGAUGCUGUGCUCGGGAGGACAAUUUGGGGAAUUUUAGGUUUGGGUGCCUUUGGGUUUCAGCUGAAUGAAGUGCCUGAUGGGAAACAUAUAAUCACCACCACUCGUUCACAUUCUAGCAAGUUGGUAAAUGAUUGCGUUUCUGCUAUGAAUCCUGAUAAUGUUCUCAGAGUGGGAGGAGCAGGAAAUAAGAUCAUUCAGCUGAUUGAAGGCAAGGCAUCUGCUUAUGUAUUUGCUAGUCCUGGCUGUAAGAAGUGGGAUACUUGUGCUCCAGAAGUUAUUUUACAUGCUGUGGGAGGCAAAUUGACUGACAUUCAUGGAAAUGCCCUUCAGUACCAUAAGGAGGUAAAACAUAUGAAUUCUGCUGGUGUCCUUGCCACAUUGAGGAAUCAUGACUAUUAUGCAAGCCGUGUUCCAGAGACUGUUAAGAAAGCACUUGUGCCAUGAGGGACAUAAAUCUGCUUACCAGUGAAAAAAAUUGUGAUUUAAUAUUCAAGUUAAUAAAUUUUUUUAAAUUAUGAAAA